AUGGAGCUGAUGAGUAGUGUACGGAAGACAACUGACUGGCGUGUUAACCAGAAUGAAACUGCAACUGAGGGUUUGCGUAUUUUGUCUCUCGAUGUUCCCAGGAGCGCCAGGUUCGGUGAGAAGGUACGAUUAACCUGUAACUACGACCUGGAAAGAGACAGUCUCUAUUCAGUGAAGUGGUACAAAGAUGACUUAGAGUUUUUUCGAUAUGUGCCAAAAGACACUCCUCAGCGACAGUUUUUUCCUCUUGAUGGUGUAAAGAUUGAUUUCACUAGGUCAAACCAGCAAACUGUUUACAUAGAAGACGUACAAACAGAAACCUCCGGAAGAUACAGAUGUGAAGUUUCAGCAGACGCUCCAUCAUUUCGUACCGUUUCGUCGGAAAAAAUAAUGAAGGUUGAAGAUGCCGCAGGGAGUGCACAGGGUCAUCAAGGUAAUAUGAGGAUGGCGUUAAUCAGCUUUUCGUUGUUGUUAUUGUUACAGAAAGUAUUCCCUUGACUGAGAUAACGGAUGUGACCGAAUUACGGAGAAAGUCGACGUAACAAAA